AGAGCAAGAAGAAGUCUCACAUUUUAGCCACAGGACACCAAGGAUUUUCAUCACAUUUCUUAUUUGGUUCUUCCCACCUUGCGCUGUUUUUAUUAUUUUCUUUUUUGCCUGCAGCUGCAGAAAUAUAAUAUAAAGAUUGUGUCUGUAACACUAUGAUCUUUUCCACGGUGCCUUUUAAAGUUUCUUUAGCCAAGCAGACGUAUGUGUCCCCCUCCAACCAUCAGAUGGCUCCUCCAAGCCCCAACAACAACAGCAAUAGCAACACCACCACCUCCUCCAUCAGCAAUGGCAGCAGCAGCAGUGGGGGAGAGCAGCUGAGCAAAACCAACCUGUACAUCCGGGGCCUCCACCCAGGGACCACAGACGAGGAUCUGGUCAAACUCUGUCAGCCGUAUGGGAAAAUUGUAUCCACCAAGGCCAUCCUGGACAAGACUACCAACAAGUGCAAAGGUUAUGGCUUUGUUGACUUUGACAGCCCAGCCUCAGCUCAGAAGGCAGUGACGGCGCUAAAGGCGGGUGGAGUGCAGGCUCAGAUGGCCAAGCAACAGGAGCAGGACCCCACCAACUUAUACAUCUCCAACCUGCCAAUGUCCAUGGACGAGCAGGAGCUGGAGAACAUGCUGAAGCCCUUCAGCCAGGCCAUUUCCACUCGCAUCCUCCGUGACGCCAACGGAACUAGCCGUGGAGUGGGCUUUGCCAGGAUGGAGUCAACAGAGAAAUGUGAAGCCAUCAUCCAACAUUUCAAUGGAAAAUAUAUCAAGACUCCACCUGGAGUUCCAGUGCCGUCAGAGCCCUUGUUGUGUAAAUUUGCUGAUGGAGGCCAGAAGAAGCGUCAGAGCCAAGGAAAAUAUCUGCAGAAUGGCCGGCCCUGGACGAGAGAUGGGGAGACUGGAGGAAUGACCCUUACUUAUGACCCCACCACAGCCUUACAGAACGGGUUCUACUCCUCUCCCUACAGCAUUGCCCCCAACCGGAUGAUCGGGCCGACCUCCCUCUCCCCAUACAUGCAUUCACCUGUGUCCACCUACCAGGUACACAACCCAUCCUGGUUACAUCAUCAGUCAUACAUCAUGCCGCCCACAGGAGCAGUCCUGACGCCAGGAAUGGACCACACCAUGUCCAUCCAGCCGACCUCGAUGAUUGGGCCCCUGACACAGCAGCUCAGCCACCUCUCCAUGGGAAACAGUGGCACAUAUAUGCCUGCAAACACAUCUAUGCAGGGGACCUACAUCCCCCAGUACACCCAAGUGCCUGCUACCAACAUGUCAGUUGAGGAAAGUGCCGUCCAACAAUCUGUUGCCAUAGAAACACCCACAGAACACACAACCUACUCCUACCAGCAUAACAAGUGAAGAGGUGGCAGAGAUCUUCCUCUGGAGCCGAAGUGACUCUCAAGGGACCUGUGUGCUGAAAGUCGGCACAUUGACUCCGCACGUAAGGCACCAGACACUCGGGAGGAACACGGACUGUUACACAGAAAGGACAAAUUUUUUUAAUAAAUUUUCUACAAACUCAUAUUUUAAAACAAACUCUUUUACUCCAAGCAAGCAAGGCUGGAGGAUGGCAGGCAAUGGGAUAUGGAAGAACAGAAUAAGGAGCAUCUAUUUUGAUAACAGUCAAGAAAAAAAAGCCACACACACACACUACACAUUUAAUAGAUUUUUUGAACGCUAUUCUUUUUCUUUUCUAAUACUACUCCAAGGAGCUAGAAUGAAACCAGGAAAAGAACAUUUCAACACCAUGUUUUAUUUUGAACAUGUUUUGUUUUGACCUUUUGUAAGAUAUGCUGAUUUCACUUCACUUUUUUUGUCUGAUACUUUCAAUCUUUGAAACCUGCCUUUUUGUACAUAAUUCUUUGUUUUGGUGUGUUUCUAGUUUCAUGUGUCCUAGUUUGAUUGAUUGGUGCAACUAUUUGAAAACAGAAGGCUGAAGUCAUUCAAAAAACUGAUGACUCAUAUUCUAGACAGAUAUGGUGCUGACUUGGAUUAGCUUCUCUCAAAGUGGCAGCGAGUUUAACAGGUAUGCAACCUUACCUGAGUGGUAUCGCUUCUUUUUGGCACUUGACUCUCAAAUAAUUUAUAGUUCUAACAAUCUCGACAAAGCUUCAGACAAUCAGAAGAUUACAAAGAAGAGAAAAUUUAGAGACGAUGGUCAUUAAUGACAGAGAUUUCACAGAGAAGACAUCUUUAAAAGAGCUAAACAGAUUUAAAGCAUUCCAGAAAUUAUUAUCAGAAAGCUCUAAAUAUUGGUUCACUUUGCUCCACUUGAUGAAAUCCAAAGUUGUUUAACAGGGAUUACAUCUCACACAGAGCUGCCUGUAAAUAAGAGAUUUAAAUUUAUUCAGGCUUUCUUUUGAUUUCCUUUUUAUCAGUGUAGUGAUGCUUCAGUUAUUUUAAUAACAACAUUAUACCAAACUGUACAUAGCAAUUUAUGUAUUGCUGUGUUUUGUUUUUUCUCAUGUCCCUUUAAUAAAAGGGGAAUCUGAAUCUCCUCUAAAUCCCCAAAAAAGUAUUUUCUGAAGCAAGAAUUAGAUGUUGUUAUUAGAGUAUGAAGUUCUUAUUACAAAAACAUGGAGAUCAACUGGUAAAGCGUGGCUCUGUCCUGUUAUAUCUUCAGAAAACAUUAUCGAGGUGGAUUAUUCUGGCCACUAUAGAGAUGCUUUAAUACUGGCCAUUUGCUGUGUGUUUGCAUCUAUUUCUACAUUUCUGUUUUUCACCCUCAUGUUUUAUUUUACAUUUCCUAUUUAAAGGUUUUCUUAAGUUUUUUUUUUUUUCAGUUUUAAUACUUUUAAGAUUGAUCCUAUUUUACAAAGAAGCUUUGAUUUUAUUUUUGAUAUUGUGUUGUGUGCUUCAAAUAGUGAGAAAUAGAUGUUUUCAAGUUUGUUUGUUUGUUGAAAUAGUGAUUUGUGUGUGUGUUUGCGUACUUCUCUCGUUCCGGUUUCAGUGUUGAUGUCAAAGAGGCUUUAAUGUUUUUUCAAGACAUUUCUGUUCUGUCUGUGUCACAAGUGUUGGCACUUUGUGGUCAUGGAUGAAUUAUGUAUGGUAGGUUCAGAUGCAUUGUUGCAGAGUUGUGCCCCAAGCAGUUGGGAAAAAUGUAAUAGAAAUAUGUGUUCAAAACCUUGACUUACCUCAUCCUGCCAGAGCAAUGUAGAUUCAGUUUGUGUACAAGGUUCACAGGCAAUAACCAACUACAGUAGGUCUCAUGGCUGUUCACAGCUGGUACUGUGUCCACAUCCUUUAACUCUUCCGUCCAAUGCUCGGAAGACAUGCCCAAGGUCUGAUGAUCUAUGCAAUUAAUUUAUUAUCCUUAUAAAUGCAAUACUACAGAUAUCCAAGAGACACCUCAUAUUAUGCCAGUGGAUCACCCCACAAUAUGACUUCACAUUCUUGCUCACACAGCUUUUAUCUUUCAUUAUCCAUAUGUCGAGAUUAGUUUGUUCUUGGACUGACACAUUCAUCUUUGGUUCAUUAAUUGUUAGUAAUAUUGCUGCAUUAAAAAGGGAACUAUUUCAUACCAAAAUGUGGUUUUUAAUAUGACUUUAGGAAAUGUAAAAAACUAUGGCAGGUGUGCUUUGUGUGAAUGAAGGCGGGUUGCCCACUCAUCGACCCAACUUUUCUUUUAGAUGGACACCAUAGGUUUGUGUUAGAUGUAAUUCACCAUUCCAUCCAAUUGCAAUUUUUAUGUUAUGGUUAAAUGUGCGUGUCCUGUCUGGUCCUGUUUGUUAACUUGCUUUCUUGCUGAUUAAUUGACGCUGUUUUCUUCUUUUAAACCAUGAAACUGUUCACUUCCAGGAGAAGAUUAAACUUCACAGAAAUGCCUUAGAUUUCACUGGAAGGGGUAGUGAAGUGCUACUCAGAUUUGGUGGGCUUGACCUCUGACUGGAAGUGUUUGUUUUUUUUUGUUCAUGCACUGCUAAUGUUGAAAAAAAUGUCGUUAUAUCAAACUACUCUGAACAUAGAUCUAUGAAACAAAGAAAAAAUACAACUUUUAAUUACUAUUUUAUGUUCCUUUUGAAAAAAUCAAAAUAUUGAAGAAAAACAGAAUGGUGGCUUAUUGAGUCUAACGGACUAUUGCUGCUAAUUUUGGAUUGCUAAGUAUUUAGAAAUAUUUUAGCUGAAGGUCUUUCAAUACAUCAAGUCACAUAUGGGGUCAGUUUGUAACUCAUGUUCAACGAUGUCCAUGCAGUCCUCUUGUUUUGUGCAUCAAACAACCUCUCCUCAGUAAAUGUUUGUCUGUGCCAUGAUGCAGGUCUUUGUCUUCUUGAUAGAAAAAAAAAACCCUACAGCUAUUAAAACUUAACUUUGUUUGAUUUA